UUGAAAUCUAGGUGGGAAGCUUGUGUAUCAGACCACCAAGAAGAGAGCUAAUGGGCCUAAAUGUCCUGUUACCGGAAAAAGAAUCCAAGGGAUUCCUCACUUGAGCCCGCUGAAUACAAGAGGUCUAGGUUAUCUCGGAAUAGGAGAACUGUGAACCGUGCAUAUGGUGGUGUAUUGUCUGGAAGCGCAGUCAGGGAGAGGAUCAUCCGUGCUUUUUUGGUGGAAGAGCAGAAAAUUGUGAAGAAGGUUUUGAAGAUUCAGAAGGCCAAAGAAAAGUUAUCUUCAAGAAGUUGAUGAGACAAUGAAAUUCUUAAAGUUUUGCAAGUGAAAUUUUGACUUUUAAAUACGAUUUUUUAUGGAUGGCUGCUUUAAACACGAAUGACCAUUUGUCUUAGAAUCUUCUUCAACAAAUUGAUUUAUAUGAAAAUAGACUUGAUGUUACGUGUAGGGAUUAUAUGUUUAUUCUUGUAAUUUUGGCUGCAAUGAAAAAUAUAGUUUUAUCUCUAUGUCAAAAGAAUGAGUAAAUUUGGGAGAGAUUUUUGAGCAA